AUGUCGAUUUUGAUCACCGGGGCAGGGGGGUUAUGUUGGCCAGGAGUUGGCGGCUUCUCUCCUCGCAAGCACUCCGGCAACUACAACCUUCCUGAAUCCGCCACACAGCAUGCAAACCGUCUGACAUGCAUCAAAGCCGACCUCACCUCAACGAAAGAGGUUGACGAAUUGAUCAGCUCAUCUCGCUCCUACGAAACAGUCUAUCUCCUUCACGGCAUCAUGUCUGGUGGCUCAGAGGCAAACUUUGAACUGGGCGUGCGCGUCAACCUCGACUCAGUGCGAUAUAUCCUUGACCGGCUACGAACUACAGCACCGGGAACAAAAGUGGUUUUCACAUCAUCACUAGCAGUCUACGGCCUUGCACCUCCUGGGUUCGUCAUUGAUGAAACCAAUUUCCCACCCGUGCCUUCGUCAUCAUAUGGAUCGCAAAAGCUCAUUGUUGAGACGCUGCUGAACGAUUACUCACGACGAGGAUUCCUGGACGGUCGAUGCGUGCGCUUGCCGACAGUGACAGUGAGAGCCGGAAAGCCAACACAAGCUGCUAGCAGCUUUGCAAGUGACAUUAUCCGCGAACCUUUCCAUGGAAAGAAGGCUAUUCUGCCCGUGGCCAAGGAGACGGAAAUGUGGAUCUGUUCGCCGCACACCGUCAUCAAGAACUUGAUUCAUGCUCGCUCAAUCCCGAAGGAGGCAUUCGGAGAGUCGAGAUCUGUCAAUCUUCCCGGGCUGAAGGUUAGCAUUCAGCAGAUGUUGGAUGCAUUGCUGGAAGUUGGGGGCCCGGAGCGUCGGGCAUUGGUUGAGGAGAAAUAUGAUGCUGCUACGGACAAGAUCGUGCAGUCCUGGACUCCUCAAUUUGAUACUGCGCAUGCAUUUAAGUUGGGCUUUGCAGCGGACAUUUCCAUGGAGGAGAACAUCAAGCAGUUUGCGAGCAAGUUUGUAUGA